AUGAAAGGUGUUAUUGAACUGGUCGAUUUACUGGAUGAAUUAAUAUUUACUAUUAUGAAAAAAGUUAACCCUCAAGUUUUAUUUCUUUGUUCAAUGAUUAAUAUCGGUAAUUAUCGUUUAGAACAACUUGCAUUUGAUAGAUGUCAUUCAAUUGAUUUAACUUUUGAUUAUUUUCGAGUGUCACAUAAAUUACUUAUGAAAAGAUUUUAUUCCAAUGUCAUGCCUCGUAUUAUUCAUGAUAUUAAAUCAUUAACAAUUAAUCUUUAUCAGAUAUCUUCUAUUCAAACUUUUGUUGAAAAUAACUGCAAUAGAACUCUUCCAAAUCUGACACAUUUGAAAAUAAUGUUAGGUACUAAACGUUCUCAAAUCGGCACACUUUAUACAAUAGGAAACUAUCAGAUGUUCUCUCUUGAAAUGCGUAAACCUCUCUUCGCAAUUACACCUCAAUUUGUUGCACUACCCGACUGCACUCUUGGGAAAAAUGUAGCUACCUUGUGUCGUUCAUCACUUAUGCAUUCUAUUCAAUCAUUAGAAUUUGAUGAGAAUCUUAUUUUAACCAUAAUAUUUGCCAAUGGUGAAUUAUACUUCGAUCAACUAAGUCGAUUAACUCAUCUUCGUAUAACUUUGUGGGGUUUUCAUCAAUGCCUUCAUUUACUCAAUCAAUUGGCCUCACAACUUCAUUCAUUCACAGUAACUAUAUCAAAGAUAUCGUGUCCUCAUUUAAAACAACUGACAAUGAUAAUGUAUAAUAAUUUUAAUAACUACAAACCAUGUAUUUCCCUUUUACAACGUUUGUCAAAUGUUGAAUAUUUAAAAUUAUUAUUCGCUAUAGGUACAGAUGGUGUUACACCGAAUCAUUUUAUUGAUGGAUCUAUCUUAGAAAGAGAUAUUCUUUCAUACAUGCCUCGUUUACGUCAAUUCAAUUAUCAUAUUCGUUCAAUAUUAAAACAUGCUUCUCAUAUUAAAAUUGAUCAAAUUCGCCAAAGUUUUCUUCAAGAGCAACAACCAUUUGAUUGUGUACUCGAUCAUUUUAAGAAUAACUAUGGACAAUGUCAAAUUUAUUCACUUCCAUUUAUUGGUACUCGUCUUGACUUUAUUUCAAAUCGAUUUCCACUCUUUGAUAUUAAUAAUACAUUCUCAAAUGUUACUAUUUUAUUACUAUUUGAUGAUGUUAAACCAUUCGAAAAUAUUUUCUUUGAACGUCUGACUCGAGCCCUACCUCGACUUCGAACACUUGAAAUAAUUAAUCAACUUGAACAACAAGAAAAAAGCCUAUCAGUAAUGAAAACUAACAUCGAUUUUCCUCAUUUAGCUGUACUUAUUUUAUACGAUAUUCAUAUCGAUUAUGCUGAACAAUUUAUUUGUCAAAAUCAUCAUCCUUCCCUAAUCGAACUCACUAUUAACAAGGAUAUAUUGUUGGCAAUAAUCUCUCAAAAUCAACAACAAGCAAGAGACAAUUGCUCUAGAGUGGCAACAUUAAGAACAUCGAAGCCAUCUUAUGAAUCAAUAGAUACUAUUCGAAACUUUUUUCCACUAGCUUACUAUGUCAAACAUGAAAACGAGUGA